UGAAGAAGAAGACUCAAACCAGUCUGAGAUAGAGUCUGAAAUGAAUAAAAGUGGAACAGAAAUCUUGGAAAGACAUCAAAUUGCUUAUAACAAAGAGGCUAAGAUAGACGAUACUUCUAGUUCAGAGACGGAAGAUACUGAUGAUGAG